CUUAUUGUAUGCAUACUCCCUUAAAUGCCAUUUUAUGAUGUAUCUUUUUUUAAGUUUAUUGUUGUUUUAAAUGCGAAAAGACACCCUUUUUUCAUCAUGGAGAAAAGGCCAUCUAAUUGGUGUCAGGACAAGCAUGUGUGUGUGUGGGCGGGGGCUACUGGGAGUUUGCGUUACUAUAAAUCUGGGCUCUUUGAUCCAUACUGUGCCUUUGCCACCAAAAAAGAGAACGGUGAAUCUGAAUUGAGUAAAUGGAUGCCCAUGUCAACAUCAGCCAAACUGAAGUCUGGGAAAAGUCUUUUCUCUGUUAUGAGUUUAGUAACAGGUCUUGUCAAAAGUUUGUCUAUCCUUUGGAAACUCGAAUAUUGCUCUACAUUCUGUUUAGCAUCUCUUCAAUUAUCACAAUUCUAGGAAAUCUGCUGGUGAUCAUAACGGUCAUUCAUUUCAAGCAGCUUCACACACCGACUAACUACCUCAUCCUGUCUCUGGCCGUGGCCGAUCUGCUUGUAGGAGGAGUUGUGAUGCCUCCCAGCAUGCUGCGCUCCAUCGAGACGUGCUGGUAUCUGGGAGAUUUGUUCUGUAAAAUACACAGCAGUCUUGAUGUGACAUUAUGCACUGCGUCAAUUUUAAACCUCUGUAUCAUUUCGUUAGACAGGUAUUAUGCCAUAUGUCACCCCUUUCAAUAUCACAGUAAAAUGACUUCAAUGGCUACACUAGUUAUGAUUAUUAUCUGCUGGACUGUUUCGGCUGCUCUGGGGUUUGGCAUGAUCUUCAUGGAGCUUAAUAUUACUGGCAUCGAGGAUUUUUACUAUGACAACAUUGACUGUGAUGGAGGCUGCUUUGUGUUUCAGAGUAAAGCAGGAGCUACUGUAUUUUCACUGAUCUGUUUUUAUAUUCCUGCAUUUGUCAUGCUCUGCGUGUACCUUAAGAUCUUACACGCAGCUCAACGGCAGGUUCAGGCCAUUCAGAACGUGAAUUCUGAAAUGAAAAAAGAGGGAAAAGCCACUAAGACUUUAGCCAUCAUCAUGGGGGUGUUUCUGAGUUUCUGGAUUCCUUUUUUCCUUUGCAAUAUUAUCGAUCCCUUUAUUGGUUACUCUGUACCACCACUGUUGUUUGAUUUGUUCCUGUGGGUGGGAUAUUAUAAUUCCACCUGUAAUCCUAUAGUGUACGCCUUCUUUUACAGCUGGUUCAGACAUGCAUUCAGAGUCAUUCUAUCCAAAAGAGUAUUCCAGACAAAUUCUUCAAAAAUAAUACUGUUGUAACAGGGAAAUGGAUCAUAUGCAAAUGCAUUUUCAAUCUUUUAUCUACUGAUUGGUACAUAUUGCAGUGUAUCUGUUUUUUUUUUUGUUUUUUUUUAAAUGUUUGUGAUUUCUUAAAUGGACCGUCAUGUUCAAAGGAGUGCAAAACAAAUCUUUUUUAAAGACUUGUAUGUGAGUGUCUGCAUAUAUGAGUGUGUCUUGGCAUUCAGGGCUUUUCUGAGUCCACCAGUGUUGAUGUUUGCCCCUCUCAUGGAUUCUUAUUAAUUAAAUUCUAAUAAAUUUUAACUGUGCAAAAACUG